AUGGACCCAGUUACCCCCAGAGGAGAUUCGCCAGAUCCUCUGCUUGAAUUGGAUCCCGAUACUAGUACACCGGAACAAACAGAAGCAAGGUAUAAAUUAUAUCUUGAUGCAUUUGAGAGAGGUCGCCGACUGGUCGCCGCGCUUCGGCACCCGACACAACCCCGGGGACAUCAUUCACCUGUCGAAGACCGCUACCAAAUAGAGCACGGGCAAUAUAAUCCCGAAAUACGUCCUCUAACCGACGAAGCGGCGACGUAUCUCCGACGGGAGAACGUCAAUCCAAAUCACUUAAGUUACUGUGAGGUGACCAGUAUACCAUAUUGGAAGAACCACUGCGCCCUGGUCAAGACAGCUCCUCGGAGCGGAAUGUUAGCAGUCAGCGAACUUGACAGACAGUUCGAUUAUCAUUAUAUCUGGAGAACAUCACUGGAGUCCAGGAUGUCAGAAAUCCUUUGGAAAUGCUGGGAAACUGCUGUAACAGCGCAGUCUCUUUCGCCGACGCUUCUCCGAACGGUAUGGAUCGACUAUAUCGUUAAUCUUGAAACAAAACUGGUGGUCUAG